AUGACGGCACAGGUGGUGCUGUCUAUCUCCCUCAUUCUCAUACCACUUCUGAACGGAUUUCAAGAUACCUUCUUUUCAGCUUUCUUCAGUUAUUUGAGUAGUACGAAUGAGCAAAUCAUCAUUGGAAGACUUGAUGAAGACAUAAUUCUCCCUUGCUCAUUUAAGAGUGGAUCCGAAAUCAUAAUUCACUGGCAGACUCAAAGUACCAUCAAUGUUCACAGUUACUACAGAGGCAGUGACCAUUUGGAAAGGCAAGAUCCCAGAUAUACAAACAGGACAUCCCUCUUCCAAAGUGAGAUUCACAAUGGGAAUGCUUCUCUGUCUCUCAGAAGAUUAAGCCUUGUGGAUGAAGGAAUUUAUAUCUGCUAUGUAGGAACUACAUUUGGAAAAAUCAUGAACAAUGUGGUGUUAAAGGUGGGAGCUUUCCUCACACCUAUGAUGAAGUAUGAGAAGAGGAGCACAAACAGUUUCUUAAUAUGCAGCAUACAUGUUUAUCCUCCUUCAAAUAUCACCUGGAAAAUGGACAAUACCACACCUGUCUCUGAAAGUAACAUGGAAGAAAUCAGGUCUUCGGGUCCUUCUUAUAUAAAAAGUACACUGGACAUUACAGGAUCAAAUUCAUCUUAUGAAUGUGCUAUUGAAAAUUCACUGCUGAAGCAAAACUGGAUGGGACGAUGGGCAAGGAAAGAAAGUAGCCACGUCUUUAUUGGUGAGAGCGCCAGCGAUGCUGACAAUGCAGAAGAAAAUUUGCCUCUUUCAGAAUAUUCAGCCAGUACAUGUAAUGAAGACAAGACUGUGACAACACAUGACAAGCAUCCUUAA